AUCAAAACUUAAACUAAAAUAAGAAAACAUCUUCCAUAACUAUAACAUUAAAAAAAUAUUUUUAAGUCAUAUAAUUGAAUUUAUUCUAGUGUAAUAGUUUUUUUUUUUUAAAUUUAAUGAAAUAAGUGUAUAAUCGAUCAUAAGUGUUAUUUUAGAGAAAAAAAAAUUAACAAAAACCAUUUUAUUGAAAGAAAAUUUUCUCAAAUUCUUGGAAUAUUAUAAAGAAAACUUCUUUCUAUUGUGGAUUAUGUAAAAAAUUAUUCAUAACGAUGGACAAUGGAAGAGGAAACUCUUGUCACCUAAUUAAAGAUUUUAAGUUAAUUUGGAGUCCAAAACAGAAAAUAAAGAAAAAAAUCUGAAGUUAAUGAAUUUCUAUGAAAUCUCAAAACACCACAACUUACAAUUGAUCGAAAACAUUCCUACAUCUAAAAACUUUAAGAUAAAUUUAAGAUAAUCUUAAAAAUAUUAAAAAUUGAACACGCCACUUACUCGACAACAUUGAACAUUUCAACACUGGUCCGGUAUAUUCAAUAAAGUAAUGGUGGACUAAUAAUGCGAGAAAAAGACCAUUCGCCAAGGAAAAUGUUACCUAGUCCAAAACAGGGUUCAGUGUACCCGAUGUUAGGUAAUAAUCACAAUCAACAUCAUAAUCAUAAUCAGCAUACAACAUCAAUACCAACAUCACCUUAUAAUUCUUAUAUUCCGUUUGAUUUAUCAAUUACGGCCGCCACUCGUUCUUUAUCUUCUCCAACUAGAUUAACAUCGCCCACAUUGAAUUCAAAUAUAAAUUGUCCUAAUACAAAUGGCAAAAAUAUUAAAAUAUUAAAUGGAAUAGAAGGUACUGAAAACUCAUUAGUAACAACACCUGAGCAACCACUCGAUUUAAGAUUAGAAUAUAAAAAAACUAAUAUAAAAGGUGAAAAUUUAGAAGAUGAAAAUAGCAAUGUACUUAUGAUUGAUGCCAAUCACACAAACGUUAAGAAUGAAGAACAGCAACCUUUACCACUAACAUCAUCAAAAUCUACAUAUUCAAAUAUUAAUUUAAGAUUACAAUUAUCACAGUCCCCAAUUAAUUCUACAUUCAAUAAUGCAAACUUAAAUGCUAAUAGCAAAAAGAAUCUUUAUGUGCACCCAUAUAACCAACAUCAUAAUGACAAUAAUAAUAAAUAUCGUAUAGCAAAUAAAUCACAUAAUUUUCGUCAUCAGCAACAUCAUCUUCAACCGCAACGGAAUCAAAAUAACAAUAAUGAUAACUUUAGACCUAAUUUUAAUUUAAGUAACAAUAUUAACAAUAAUAAUAAUAUUAACUCCAAUUAUUCAAGUAAAUUCGAAGGUUUAUCACCAACGGAGCGUUACACAUCUUCUUUACAUAACAAUAAUAAUAGUAAUAGCAAUAAUUCAUUAAUAGAUAAUUUAUCUUAUAAGGAUGAUAUUCAAGUCACAGCAGCAGCAAAUUUACAGCAACAAAUGUCAAAUUUAUUUCCGCCUCAUGUUGCCUUACAUCCAUCAAUGUUAGCUGCAAUGGAGGCAAUGGCUAAGGCGGCACGAAUUCCAUUACCAUAUCGAAAUCCAUUCAACGCAGCAACAAGGCAGCUAACAACAAAUACAUUUGAUUUGUUGCCACCACCAACAUCAACGAAUCGAGAUCUUUUACAAUCACUACCUGUACAUUUAGUUUCAUCUCUUGUCAAUCAUCAAUCUCAUCAACAACAGCAACAACAACAGCAGCUUCAACCUCAUCAAGAAAGGCAACAAAGUAGCCCUUCCAUAAAUUUAAAAAAUCAUUCUCAUUAUCCCUCAAUAAAUAACUCUGGAACUCAUGCGCACCCAAGAAACUUAAAUUCGGCAACUUCGUCAAAUAAAUCAAAUAUUCAACUUAAUGAUAUCAAAGAACGAGAGGCUACUACACCUAUUAAUUGUAACAAUACUAGCAACGGUAAUUUAAAUAAUCAUAAUAAUAAUAUCAAUAAUAAAAAUAGUAGUAAUAAUAAUAAUAAUAGUAAUACUAAUAAUAAUAAUAAUAAUAACAAUAGCAACAGUGGCAAACAUAAUAAUAGCAAUAAUAAGAAUUCAACUCCUGCUCAUAUUAAGAACAAAGACCGAUAUGUAUGUAAAUUUUGUGGAAAAGUUUUUCCACGUUCUGCGAACUUAACACGCCACCUGCGAACUCAUACUGGUGAACAACCUUAUAAAUGUAAAUAUUGUGAACGUUCCUUUAGUAUAUCAAGUAAUUUACAACGUCAUGUUAGAAAUAUUCAUAAUAAAGAGAGACCAUUUAAAUGUGCGCUAUGUGAACGAUGCUUUGGUCAACAAACAAAUUUGGAUCGGCACCUGAAAAAACAUGAAGCUGAUGCAGCAUCUUUAGGUUUAGGUCUAGAUGAAAGAAUACGUGGUUUACGUAGGCACAGUCGCAUUUCAAAUAAUAAUUCAUCAUUGAAUUUCAAUCAUAAUAAUAACAAUAGCAGUAAUAAUAAUAAUAAUCAUCAUCAUCAAAAACAACAACAUCAAUCACAGCAAAAUGAUGGCAACACAAACAAUAAAAAUAACAAUAAUAAUAAUAAUAGUAAUAUAAACAAUAAAAACAAUGAUAAAAAUUUACAAACAAUUGCAACAACAAAUACUACCUCCAAUGUAAAUAUAUCAAAUACUCUGGCAACAUCAACCGUUGAUGAACCUUUUUUUGAUGAAAUUAGAUCAUUCAUGGGAAAAGUAACAUUACCACUUACUUUAAGAAGUCAUUUAAAACGAAACAAUAACAACAAUAAUAAUACCAAUAAUAAUAACAAUAAUAAUAACAAUAAUAAUAACAAUAAUAAUAACAAUAAUAAUAAUAAUAAUAAUAAUAAUAAUAAUAAUAAUAAUAAUGACAAUAAUAACAAUAAUGAUACUAGUACUAAUAACAAUAAUAAUGAUAAUGACAAUGAUAAUGAUAAUAAAAGUAUUAAAAAUAAUUUACCUGAUGAAGAAGAUUUAAAUAAAACUAUCGAAAACCAUCGCAAUAAUGAAACUAGUUCCUCAUCAUCAUCAUCAGCUUCAUCUUCAGCAUCAUCUUCAUCAUCAGCUGCUUCAAUAGCUGAUGAAGAAUUACCAUCUCCAAAGUACAUAAAAUGUGAUGAAAAUCGAAAAAGAAAAUCUCUCGAAACAAACAACAAUAAUAUUAUUAACGAUAACAAUAGUAAUAAUAACGAUAAUGAUAACGAUGAUACUAACGAUCAUCAUACAAUCAUAGAAAACAAUAUUAUUAAAAAAAAUAAAAAUAGUAGUAAAAUUAAUAACGUAGUUAUUAAACAAGAAUUUACAAAUGAUAAAGAUUAUGAAACAAAUGAUGAUACAAACAAUAAUAAUAACAACAACAUUUUAAAUGUUAAUAAAAAUAAUAAUACUAAUGUUGAUAUUAAAAUUGAAGAUAUUAAAAAUAUUAAAUCACCUACAUUAUCGAAUUAUGAGGAUGAUAACAAUUGUGAAACUACAAUUAAAAAAAUUAAAAUUGAAUCUGCCGAAAGUGUUCAAGUUACCUGAAAUUUUAAAAAAAAAAAACAAAAAAACUAUACAAAAAAUAAAAUUAAUGGAAAAUUAAAAUGCAAAAAAUAUUUUACCUAUAUAAUGUAAAAAUAACUAUAUACUUAUAAUUACUGUAAAAUUGAGAAACAAUGAACUCAUAAGAAUAGUAUAUAAAUAGUAAAAUAUUAAAUAAUUUAAAAG